GCGAGGGAGAUGCGGCGCCCAGGAGCGGGCUCGGGCCGGGCUCUCCUGGCGGGCUGAUGGGCGUGUUUUGAACUCCGGGAACGGUCUGGGGCGGCUGUGAGCGUCGUGGAGCGAGUCGGAAGCACCAUGAAUACUUCGGUUCUCGGCCCCCGGGGAAAUAUAUCCGGUCACCUGAAUUUUUCGGAGAAGAGCUCGCAGAUCUUGCAGUUUGAGGAUGAGGACUGCCGUGUGCCUUUGGCCAUGGUCUUCACUUUGGCCUUGGCUUACGGGACUGUGAUAAUUCUGGGAGUCUCCGGGAAUCUGGCCUUGAUUGUUAUUAUUCUGAAACAAAAGGAGAUGCGCAAUGUUACCAACAUCCUCAUUGUCAACCUGUCCUUUUCUGAUCUUCUAGUGACCAUCAUGUGUCUUCCCUUUACCUUUGUGUACACUUUAAUGGACCACUGGAUUUUUGGGGAGGCCAUGUGCAAAUUGAAUCCUUUCGUGCAAUGUGCCUCAAUCACCGUCUCGGUCUUUUCUUUAGUCCUCAUUGCUAUCGAACGCCAUCAGCUGAUCAUCAAUCCCCGUGGCUGGAGGCCGAACAACAGACAUGCCUACAUGGGGAUUGCUGCCAUAUGGAUUUUAGCCACAGCUUCCUCUUUGCCUUUCCUGAUCUACCACGUAUUAACGGAUGAACCCUUCAGAAACAUAACAUUUGAUGAAUAUAAGGACAAAUAUGUGUGCUUGGACCUGUUCCCCUUGGACACUGCCAGGCUUUCUUACACCACGACACUUUUGGUGAUCCAGUACUUUGGACCGCUUUGUUUUAUAUUUAUUUGCUACUUGAAGAUAUACAUACGAUUAAAAAAAAGGAACAACAUGAUGGACAAGAUGAGAGACAGUAAGUACAGAUCCUCUGAAACCAAAAGGAUCAACAUCAUGCUGAUCUCAAUAGUGGUCGCAUUUGCAGUUUGCUGGCUGCCUCUCACCAUCUUCAAUAUCGUGUUUGACUGGAAUCACGAAAUUCUGCCAGUCACUACCUGCAGCCACAACCUGUUGUUCCUGAUUUGCCACCUCACUGCCAUGAUCUCUACCUGUGUGAACCCCAUCUUCUAUGGGUUUCUCAACAAGAACUUCCAAAGGGACCUGCAGUUUUUAUUUCAUUUUUGUCAUUUCCGCUCCCGUGAGGAGGAUUAUGAGACUAUAGCCAUGUCCACCAUGCACACAGAUGUUUCAAAAACCUCUCUAAAGCAGGCAAGCCCAGUCGCAUUUAAAAAAAUAAAUAGCGAUGAUGAUGACAAAAUCUAAAGAAGUAAUAACAAUUCUGCACCAAACUGCUGGAAGUGUGAUUGCAGGUGAAACAUGUCCAGGGACAAGCACAGUUAUGUAACAAGUACAAAAUGGGUAAUGUUUUUCUUCUUUUUCCAAGGAACUUUGAUUGUUGUCACUUUGAAAUUAUACGCUGUGCAUUUUUGCCCCUUUUACUGCUUUAAUGUUCGCAGCAGUUAUAUCUGAAUCUUAUUAUAAGACAUAGUCGGACCUGCUACUACCUAUGGUUUUCAUCAACUGUCUUUUGUUCUGUUUUCGUUGUACACUUGUGUGCUUUAGCACAAAGGUAUAUUUAUUGAUUUUUUUCAAAGAAGUAGUUUUCAGGAGUGUCCAUCUAAGACCAUUAGAAACAAUAUGAACCACAGGGAGGCUGUCACUACAGAAGACACCCAUCCCAGCAUAAAAUUAGGACAUUCUGAUUUGAAGAGUUCUUCUUCUUUUUUAAUCCAGCUUUUGAUCGAUGUUAAAAUCCUGUAAAAUCAGUGUAGGCAUGCAGAAAAUGAUUCUGUGAAACCUGUAGAAUUUGUUAAAUGGGGACAUGAAGUUGUCUCAUUCAUAGAGGCAAUUCAGGCUGUAAUCACUUAGGUUCAAAGACAGGAUUAAGAGAGAAAUUCUGUUCUCAUUUACGAGAAUAAAACCCUACAGUAAUUCCACAGAGCACAAUGGGAUAACUGUGAUGUUUCACCACAGCAAAUGAAGGCACAAAUGGGCCUUCAGUCCCAACUGAUUUUAAUAAUACAGGCUUUUUAAUUUAAAAAACCCAAACCCCAUUUUCAUCUGCCAUCACUGACAGGAGUUAGUGUUGCUGGGAUGAAAUGUACUGUCUGUCCUGAACUGUGUGAAUUCUCCUUGAGACCUAUGUCCAGAAUCCAAAGGGAGGUGAGACUCUUCACUGUCUGAACAUUCAAUUCCAUCCUUGCAGGUGACAGUGAAAAUCAGGUCUGGUAUUAAAAAAAUAAGCUUUAGCUACCUGAGUCUUUUCAUAAUAAUUAGUGCUGAUCUAUAUAAAUUAUAGCCUCAUAAUAUUCUGUGUUCAGAUACAAUGGUAUAAGCAUGGAUUAUCUCCAAGACAAUGGAGGGUAUGGAUAUAGUUUGGCUGUAAUUGUUAUGUUUAGCUUGCAAACUCACAGUUUCCACAGUUGGUUGAAGUGCAGAAAUAUUUGCCAAAUAUAUACGAUAGAGCUCUGUGUGUUAUUGCUUAAAAUAUAUAUCCUCUAAUUAGACAAAAUAUACAUGACUAGAUCUCCAGCUGAGGGAAACCCACAUAACGACUGCUGUAAAUGAAACUACAACAAUAUGAGCCAGCUGAGGUUGUGUCAUACAGUGUACUUUGCUGUAUAAUCAAUGCCUUUUUGAAUAAUCAGCUUUUUAAAGUCCAGUAUAGACCCUACUUUCUUUUAGCAAGGUCACUUUAAACCAUUCUGGCAGAGAAAAGGGUCUUUAAAAUGGAUAUAAAUGUAAAUGUAGCGUAAAUGGAAAUCUGAUCUGAUAUCUUUCUGAGCAAAAAGAUCUCAGGAUGUGAUGGUGAAUUUAAUAUGUCCUAAAUUUGACAUGGAUAAAUGCCUAAGAAUUGAAAAUUAUUUGGUUUGCCAGUAUUUAAAAGUCAAAAACUGUGCCUUGUGCUGUCUUAUAAAUAGUGUAGAAUAUUAAAGUAGCAAUGUGCUCUUGUGCAUAGUAAUUCCACAUAUUUCUCUACUGGCAGAUAAUUUAAUGAAAAAGGAGGUUUCUGUGGUUGAGAACAGAGAAGGAAAGUAGAAAAUGAAUGUUAAGACAUAACUUUCUUUCAGAGCUUUGCCCUUUUGUAUUUUAUGAGAUUUCCCUUUUCUUUGUGGUUCUCUAUGGAGAGUGUUGCUAAUAAUUUGACAAGAGUCUCCUGAAAUUAUUCCUCUAUCACUUUACAAUAAUUUUCAUAGGCUAAGUGUUGUGUAUUUUCACAAAGAGAUAUAAUGUAGAAAUGCAGCCAUGUUUUUCUAUUAAGAAUGUGACAGUAGGUUUUUCCCACUUGAAAAAAAAUGCAGUGAAUUUUAUGUUUUUUCCCAUUCUUGAAAAAAAAAACAAAAAACCCAAACCCCAAACUUUUUUGCAAUCUAGUGGAAGAAGAAAAUGGAAUUAUUUGAGAAAGUUUCCAGUUAGUUUGCUGGAAAUUUUUGAUGGCGCGUUUAUACAGAGUAGGUGUUGGAGCAACAUUCGAGGAACCUGCUGGUGCAGAGACCUAAAACUGGCGUGUCCUAAGAUUCGGAGGUCUCCAGUGGGAUAGCAACAUAAUUCCUCCUAUGUCAACCUUUCUCCUGCUUGAGGUACGGUCUCAUAUCAUACAGCCCAUCUGAUACCGUCUCAUACUGUCUCCUGAGAAUGCGUGUCAGGUGUUUUUUGCCUACCAAUGCCUGAUAAACAAGGUGAAGUGUAAGUAGGAGCAUUCCUUUGGCUUUUCCAUGUUAAGUGCAGGAGCCAUUUUUCCACUGCACUGCUGUCCUAGGACCAGGCUUCUCUUAUAUGUUUCCUCACUUCCCUGCAAGAAGCCUUUCUGAGCCUCUGCUAAGGACGCAGGCUAGCACAUCAUCAUAAAAAUAGCACAGGGGAUGCUGCCUGAAAUGAGAGUGGAAAUGAACACAGUGUAAAGAAUGUUCAGCAGGAAAAUCCAUCUGGAGAAUUUCAGAAGCAAAUUCAUUGCUCUUCUGAAGAAUUUGUUAUGAGGACAAAGACAAAAGUCUCUCCGAGGUGCUGACCUGACAUCUGCAGGGCGUAGAUGACAUCUACUGAGAAUAGAAUUUUUGUCUUUGGUUUCGUGACUUCACACUGGAGUCCUCAAAAGCCGCUGGAGACUUUGCGCUCCUGACACCUGGCUACAGCACUAAUCUUCUUUUUCACUUUCAGAGCUCCAGCAUGGCUUCUCAUCCUCUAUAUGCUAAAUUUCUUUACAGGGUAAGCUGUCAGGUUUCAUGUUUCUCUGUCAUUUCUCAGUCAUUCUGGUUUGAUAUGUGUUCCUCCUAUGUGCUGUUUUGUCAAACUUCCCACACUUCAGCACAUGCUGAUUGCUAUCUCAAAAGCCUGAAGAUCCUUCUUAUUCUUUCAGACUGGUAGAAAAGUUUUACUAACAGAAAAAUGGAAACAGUGAGGGAUCUAUAAUGUAUCUUACUAUUUACAUGCAAUACAUUUCAUGUAAAAUCUACAGCCUUAAAUGACAAAUGUAACUAUUUAAUAGCCUUAAAUGACAAAUGUAACUAUAUAAUAAACAUUAAUAUCUGCUUCA